GGUGUGGUAAAAAAUCUGUAUUUCACUUGGUAACAAAACGUGAAACCCUCGCAACUUUAAGAUUGUAUUGCAGUGUGAUGAAAAACAUUGUGUGUCACUCGAGCCGUAACAUUUUCAAUAUUUAUGAGCCAUAAACAUUACUAUUAGGUAGGUAUAGUUAGUUAUAAUUUUAUAAAAUACAUAUCGUAACAAGCUUUUAAAUUUUAGAUUGCUGAUGUAAACUGCAGGCUGCUGCACGUAAAUGCGCAGUACCCGGGGAAGGUCCAUGACCAAUUUAUUUUUAACCAUUCUGUGGUUAAAAAUGAAAUGCGCCGUUUGUACGACCUAAGAAUCGGGUCUUAUUACCUGCUGGGAGAUUCAGGUUAUGGAUUGGAGCCAUGGCUUAUGACUCCAAUACUCCACGCUGCGCCGGGGUCUGCGGAGGAGCGCUACACGACAUGGCACUGCAGUGUCCGCAACACCAUCGAGCGGACCAACGGCUAUUUAAAAGGGACACUGCGAUGCCUUGGUUUGGACCGCUCCCUCCACUAUAGCCCUGAAAAAUCGUGCCGGCUUAUUUAUGCUUGCUGCACGAUCUAUAAUAUUAUGAAACACUUUAGGUAAUACAUAGAAAUUGAAACGAAAUUUUGCGAACCAUAUUCGAUCUGAAUAGGCUGCCUGGGUGAUGGGUGCGUGGUUUGCUGUCUCUUCGACUCUGUUCAAUGGCCAUUGCUCGAUAGCGGUUUUCCUAUAGGAAUCGCAGUGACCCAAUAGUUGGAAAGCAAUAAGUUCAAAGCAAUGUAGCGAUGUAUUUGUGGAGUGAUAGAUGUAGAAACACAGCAAUUUCAAAUUUUAAGAUAACUUACAAAAAUAAGAGAAAGUUCUCUUUCAUUAAUUGAAUCAAUUUACAUUCACUUUAAAUGUAUUAUUUCUAGGGUGGAA